GUUUCUAUAGCUACUUUUAUUAUUCUGCCUCCGCCGUCGACCAACACCGUCCGCCGCAUCACCGUCUUCGCCAUGUUAGUAUCACAGUUCAUCUGAAUGCUUCGUAGAAUCUCUUCUCUCUCUCGUUUUCGUCUUCUUCACCACAUAGGUACAACCACAACCUCUCCUUUCUAUUUGUCUUUUCCACUUCACUCUCAUUCCCAUUGCACCAAAUCUACAAACCUUCAUUAUGAAAUUGACUCACAUAACAACAAAACCCAUUUCUUAAAUUCCAUGAGAAACCACUGCAAGUCAGGUAAACUCAACAACAUUGAUCAAGCUUUGAACUUUUUUCAUAUCAUGGCUACAAUGAACCCUUUACCUUCUGUGUUAGAUUUUACUUUGUUGUUAGGGUUAAUUGUGAAGAUGAAACAUUACACAACUGCUAUAUCCUUAGUUAAACAAAUGCAUUCUUCUUUAGGUAUAAAGCCUGAUACUUUUACUCUUAACAUUGUUAUCAAUUCACUUUGUCAUUUAAAGUUGGUUGCUUUAGGGUUUUCUGUAUUAGGGACUAUGUUUAAACUUGGUUUUGAGCCUUCUGUUGUCACUUUUACAAUUCUUAUUAAUGGGCUUUGUGUGAAAGGCGAUGUGGGUCGGGCUGUGGAGUUGGUUGAUUGUAUGGAAAAGAUGGGGUAUCGGUCCGAUGUUAAGACUUAUGGGGUGUUGAUUAAUGGUUUGUGUAAGAUGGGGGAAACUUGUGAAGCUAUUGGGUGGUUAAGGAAGAUGGAAGAAAGAAAUUGGAAACCUAAUGUGGUGGUUUAUAGUACAAUUAUGGAUGGUUUGUGCAAGGAUGGAUUGGUAUCCGAGGCGUUAGGUUUGUGUUCGGAAAUGAGUAGAAAGGGUAUUCGACCUAAUCUUGUUACUUACACUUGCUUGAUUCAAGGUCUUUGUAAUUUCGGACGUUGGAAAGAGGUUGGUUCGUUGUUGGAUGAGAUGAUGAAAACGGGAAUGAUGCCUGAUUUGCAAACACUUAACAUUUUAGUGGAUGCUUUAUGUAAAGAAGGUAAAAUUAUACAGGCGAAAAGUGUAAUUGGUUUUAUGAUUUUGACCGGGGAAGCACCGGAUGUCUUUACCUAUAACUCUUUGAUUGAUAGAUAUUGUUUGCAAAAUCAAAUGAAUGAGGCCACAAGAGUAUUAGAACUAAUGGUUAGUAGGGGAUGUUUACCAGACAUUGUAACUUAUACUUCGCUCAUUCAUGGAUGGUGUAAGAUUAAGAACAUUAAUAAGGCUAUGCAACUCUUGGAUGAAAUGGUUAAGGUUGGAUUCACUCCUGAUGUUGUCACAUGGACCACUCUCAUCGGUGGGUUUUGUCAAGCUGGCAAACCAUUAGCUGCAAAAGAACUCUUUUUAAAUAUGUGCAAACACGGUCAAGUUCCCAAUCUUCAAACUUGUGCCGUUAUAUUGGAUGGACUGUGUAAAGGUCAACUUCUUUCCGAGGCAUUAUCAUUGUUUAAGGCAAUGGAGAAGAGUAAUCUAAAUCUUAAUAUUGUGAUUUAUAGUAUUAUACUGGAUGGAAUGUGUGGUGCCGGAAAACUGAAUGAUGCGUGUGAACUUUUUUCAUCUUUGCCUGCUAAAGGUUUGCAAAUUAAUGUUUAUGCAUAUACCAUUAUGAUUAAUGGUUUCUCUAAACAAGGACUGUUGGAUAAAGCUGAAGACUUGCUAACGAAUAUGGAAGCGAAUGGCUGCAUGCCUAAUAGCUGCACUUACAAUGUCUUUGUCCAAGGCCUGUUAACGAAAAAAGAGACUGCAAGGUCAAUAAAAUACCUUACAAUGAUGAGAGGCAAAGGUUUUUCUGUAGAUGCUACCACUACAGAAAUGAUUAUAAACUACUUAUCCACAAACGAAGGAGACAAUGGAUUUCGAGAAUUUCUGUUUCCAAAAUAACACAUUUUGUCAAGAGUUUCACCCGAUGUGUUAUUUGAAUGCAGCCUUUCAGUUCAUUUAUUUUCUAAAAUCUGUAGCAUAUGAUAGGACACAAAAAUGAAGAAAACUGACAUAGGCUUCAAAACUUACAUUUAACUAAACUGACAUGAUAACAUUUUAUGAAGAUAAACUGAAUGUAUAAAAGUUUUUGUUAUUGAUAAAAUACCAUUUAUUAAAUGGAUUCCAUGAAUGUAAGAGAAUUGAUCUGGUUUUAUGACUCUUUUUUUUUCCUACUAUCAUUGAAGUCGAUAAAUUCCAAAAACAAGUGUACAAUUCAGGUUCAAUGGAAAAUCUUGUCAAGUUAAGACAAUCUGUGUUGGUCUAUGAUUUUAUAUCUAUCCCAUACAAAAGGAGGAACUUUUGUGGAGCAUUUGAGAAUUUUCUGUGUAUAUUAAUAUAUAUUGUAUGUUAAUUAAUAUAAAUAAAUAUUUGUCAUAUAAGUUGUAACAUUCAUGACCAUGAUCCAACCUUUGGUUUUUGUUUCAAUCGAGAAAUAAUGUUAGUGUGACUUGUGGAGUCUUGAUAAAACCAAAUACGUGUGAUUUUUGUUCUUCCUAUUUUGUCAUUGCAUGUGACUUGUAACAGUUAGUGACAGACAGCUUCAUUUCAUUAUUCUUGUAUUUUUCAAAGCAAAUUCUGUGAAGUGAAAAUUUCAGAGAGAAAGAGAAGAGAUGGCUACAGAUGUGGUAGUGUUGGAUCAUGGUGAGAUAGGAGAAAGUGUAAUGAAGCAACAAAGCAAAGGGCAUGAUGAGUGCUGCAAAACAGGACCUGGUUAUGUUACUCCACUUGAUGCCAUGUCUGCUCCCAAAGAGACUCUCAUUUAUGUCACAGCUCUC